AUGGAUAUCCCGCUGCUUUAUUGGUGUUCUACAAUCCUCAUUAUUCCUCUAACAUUAUUCUAUUUGCAAUGCAAGAGGAAGAAGGCUUCAGCUCUCCCUCUUCCACCACCACCUAGACCUACUGCUUGGCAUAUUCUAGCAAACUUAUUUCAGCUGGCCAAAAGGCCUCAUGAGUAUCUCUAUGAGCUUUCUCUGAAAUACGAACCACUCAUGAGUUUUCGUAUGGGCAUGAAAAGAAUAGUGGUGGUCUCAUCUCCUGCCAUGGCGAAGGAGGUUCUCAAAACCCAUGACCACAUCUUCGUUGGAUGGACCGUCGUAGAAACAGCUAAAGUGUUCUCCCACCACAAGUCGUCCUUACUGUGGGGUGAGUAUGGACCUCACUGGCGGUUUCUUAGACGAAUUGUAACUAUUGAACUUUUCAGCCCCCAAAGACUAGAAAUUCAAAAGAAUCUCAGAGGAGAUCAAGUAUUUCACACGGUUUGGCAAAUAUUUCAGAGCAAGGGAAAGGCAGUUAACAUUGAGCAUUUGGUGUUUUGCAACACUAUGAAUGUGUUAGGCAAAAUGAUAUUCAGUACAAGUUUGUUAGAUCCACACAAUCCAGCUUCUGUGGGAUUGAAGGAUACCAUGUGGAAAAUCGUGAAGCUUUCCGGAGAUAGGAUUUCCACCAAAAACAUAAAGCGUCAGCAGAAAGACUCCUAUAACGAUUUUCUCGACGUUCUGCUUAAGGCCAGGACUGAGGAUUUCAUACUCUAUGAUGUUAAAGCUGUAGAAUUUUGA